UUUGCUUCACUUCCGACUUCACUUGUGAGGCCGUCGCCUGGCUGCAUACAAAGAGAGUUUCCGUCGCAAACAACUUCUCCAAGACAAUAACCACAAGCCUUCUCUCACCCUUCUACCUCGGCCAGAAACAUCAUCAUCCGUCCACGAGAAAGCAUACACAACCGUCACGAUGGCUCUUACGAUCGCGCGGUUGCAAGAAGAGCGGAAAAUGUGGCGUAAGGAUCAUCCAUUUGGAUUCGUUGCACGCCCAACCAAGACUCCUCAAGGUGCCCUGGAUUUGAAGAAGUGGGACUGUGCGAUUCCAGGCAAAGACAAGACCAUCUGGGAAGGCGGCUUGUUCAAGCUUGAGGUGGCAUUUCCGGACGAGUACCCGACGAAGCCACCGAAAUGCAAGUUCGUACCGCCGCUCUUCCACCCGAACGUCUACCCAUCCGGAACCGUUUGUCUCAGCAUACUCAACGAGGAGGAAGGAUGGAAGCCAGCAAUCACGAUCAAGGAAAUUCUGCUAGGCAUUCAAAUGCUUCUCGACGAGGUCAAUCCAGAAUCUCCUGCCCAAGCAGAUGCAUACAACCUUUACAAGAAAGAUCGCACGGCAUAUGAGAAGAAAAUUCGACAGGUCGUCAAGGAUAACCCUGCGCCUUAGUGUUAAGCCGAGCAGUUUUCACAGCUUCGACCUGGCCAAAGAAAACUCGACACCGAUGCUGAGUGUCUGGAUGCUCUGUGCAGCAGGUGCCCUUCAGAGCCUCUAUGAACGGUACAAGAGCGAUCGCCGAUGGGCACGUCUGUCAUCAUGAAUGACACUGACCGCUAUCGCCACGGACAGGCUGCGGAAAUGCAGAUGCGAUUUACAUGACUGAAUAAUAAUGGACUUAGCGUUGGCGUUUGGGAGUGUGAACGAGCAUGACCUUACGGAUGAAUGACACGAUGCUAUGGGAUUUGAGGAAGGCGAGAUCAGAUCGAUCUCACUAAAAGGCGUGUAGCUAGAACAGUCUUAAGUUGUAUGCUGGCCCUCCACGGGCCAAGCCCAGCUGGGAAACUUCUUCAGAUUCGCUUCUGGAAGGUGCUGAAAUCAACGAGACGUUAUCAAGACGACCGCAAAUUAUCUAUCCCUCUC